GUCGCUCUUUCGCCACGUACAUCCAACUCCUGCCGCUCUUCCAGGCGUCUGCCGCAAUGCGUCUCUGCGUUUGAUACUAUCUCGGCAGCUCUCAGGGAGCCGUUUAUCGGCCUCGGAACUCGCGCGGACUCAGGUCUCCGAGGAAGAGGAGGAAGACAUCGACCUUCUCGACGACGCUGCCGUAGAUGAAGAGGCGCAAGCCCCAUCGCGUCCUGACGGCCCUUCUGUGCGCCGGGAUCCGGGCUUCAAGGCGUGGCUUGGUACCGUAGGACAGCAGUGGAAGGAUGCGUCCACGCCCAGAAAUUGGAUGGGCAAGGACGGAGCACCAUUUCCCCUCAAUCCGACCUUCAAGCCACCCAUUCCGAUCUCCAACGCCAUCCGUAAUACAAUAUACGAGGAAUUCAUGUGCGCCACUGACCCUAAGGUUGCGUUUCGCGAGAUCGCUUCUAAGUAUCAUCUCAGCUUGGCCCGUCUUGAUGCGAUACUUCGUCUCAAGGGUUUGGAAAAGCACAUGCCCAAGGAACAACUUCAAACCGGGUUUCUUGCUGGUAUGGAGAGGAUUUUGGGUGUACCUCACGAUGCGUCCUCGCGAACGCGCUACCCAUUUGAGGGCUACCCAGAGAUACGAGACGAAGAACACGCAGAUAUGCUCGCAGCAGAUGCCCAGGAUGAGGCCGAAACGGAUGAUAUGAAACGUGCGCGUCUUCGCUACCAGCGACAGUUCUGGGAAGCAGUACCUGAAGACCAGCUCGAACCUCAAAUGCCUGUCGCUCUUGAGAAAGCUCGAAGUGACGCUGCUAGGUGGGAGCUGCGUCGCGAAUCGCAGCGAGAUGAGAUUGCGCACACUGCAUCCCAAGCGCGCGAAAAGCGCAAGGACCUGGUCAUUCGUUCUGGCAAGGCUGCGAACCGGCCGCUUAUCCGCUUCAAGGACGUCGGUAGCAAGCUACUUGACGUCAAAGAAGAGGAAAAACGCCAGCGGCAGAUCGAGCGCAGGAGCAAAAUACACGCGCGGUCGCGUGAGGAUCAAGAACGUCGGAGAGCAACGAAGCACAACUUGGCGUCUGGUUCAGGGCAUGCCUCGUACUCCAUAUAGUCAUCAAUACCCUUCUUUCCUUCCUAAUUGGAUAUCGGUACUCGCUGCUUGACCUCCCUUAGUAUCCGCGACGCACGCACUGCGGUAAGGUAUGGCUCACUCGUCAUGGUGCAAACGGCUUAAUCACCGCCACAUUUGUACAAAAUGCAUACUCGCCAGUGCAGCACCUUCAACCUCGAGUACUUAGUUAUAUUGUCGCUAUCCAUUUAACUCGCGAUGUUUUCUAUACAUAUUGAACUCUGAGUUCAU